AUGGCAAAAGCCUCUGUUCUGCCGCGCUCCGCGCAUCCAAACUCUGCAUUGCAGAACUCCCCACGACAGCCUUGCAUCGCGCGUACUUCCCAUGCACGUUCCAACUGUGGAGAGGGUUCGUCUGCGGGCGUGCUGGAGCCCCAUCUGAGGCAAAGCGGGACAUACAUGGGCGUGAGCGAGAUCCUGUUCUUCUUACUUCCCGCUGUGACCCGCAUCCUGUUCGAGACAUACGGACCAACCGAGGAAAAUCUUGCAGCUACUCGAAGAACGAACCAUGGAAUCGCCAAUGGUAAAUUUGCUGCCUCCCAUCCUCCUAGGGAGAACUUGCCUGCGAAUUACUGA